UUGGUAUAACAAAUUCAAUUGUGUUUAAUAAUUUGCUUAAUUUUUCCGUUUAGUUUGCGUUUUUUUUUUCAUUUUAAAACUCAAUUAAAAUUAUUGAGGUUUUCAAGCAUUUGUUUUAUAGUGUAUAAUUUGAGUUUUUCCCUAUUUAAGUAAAAAAAUAAUGAUUUGCAAUAAAUGUGGGAAAGCCAAUGAAACAUCUCGGGAUAAUUAACUCCAGGUGUAAUCGGAACUUGUCGUGGACUCCCGACGUCGUUUUUGGUUCUAAAUAAAACUCCUCGUACGUUUCCUACCUCUUAUCGCAUGGUGAAAAUACCCUUCCGAAAUAUUUUUCAAUCAAAGAAGAGGUUUUAUGGUGGUGUUGUCUAAAUCUUAAACAAUAACCCGACACCAAAAUGUCGGGCGAUGUUCAACCACGAAAACGCAAAGAUAAAAAGAGAAAGAAAGAAGAAAAUACCGAACAUGUCCCCUUGCAACCACCAUCACCUACUGGUGCACAAAAUGAAGAUCUUAAUAUUCACAUACAUAAAGAAGAUGGAACAGGUGGUGGGAUUUGUGCAAAAAUAAUCUUCUUUCUUCUAUUCUCAGCUCUUGCGGUACUUAUUGGCUUGAUUAUAACCGAACAUCGCGGAUUAACCGACUUAGAUGUUGUGGAAACAGAAUCGAGGUUUUCACACUUAUUCGAAGGCUGGGUUGAUAACAGUUUAAGUCAUGAUGAUGAUCAUGGCGAUGACGACCAUAUUGUAAGCUCCCUAGAAGAGGAAGAUCAUGAGGAGUCACACGAGGAGGAGGAGGAGGAAGAAGAAGAAGAAGAAGCGGAGGAGGAAGAAACUGAAGCAUCAGAAGAAACCACUCAUGCGGAAGAAGAAGAAGAAGAAGAAGAAGAAGAAGACGAAGACGAAGGGGAAGCUUCUGAGGAAACACCCCAAACUGAAGAAGAGGAAGAGGAAGAUGAAAGUGAACUAAAAGACGCCGAUGAGGAAGAUGAGGAGCAGGAUGUUGAAAAAAGCGUAGAAGAAGAAGAAGAAGAAGAGCAGGAGGAUGAAGAUGAGGAAGAAGAGGAAAAGGCUGUGUCUGAAGAAGUCAAAGAGGAAGAAAAAGAAGAGGAGGAAGAAGCUGCUGAAGAGCCUGAAGUCGAAGAAAAAGUCGAAGAAGAGGAAGUUGGAGAUGAGCAAAAUUCUAAAAUGGUUGUAAAGAUUGGCGUCGGCGUGGCUCUUUUGGUAGUAGCCCACGUCGUUCUGGUUAGAAAGUGGAAGUCUGCAAGUCCAAUUGAAACACCCCCAAAAGACGAACUCCCAGAUCUUGCCCGCAGAAACACAAUUGUUGUUCCACCAAAAUACGAAGAAGUAGAGCAAGAUAUUGAAGAAAACAUUGAAGAAGAAUAUUCGGAUGAAGAUGGGGACGUUGAAAGUGAAGAAGAAGAGAAACUGGUGAAAGUCAAAUACCAAGAAUUGCGCACGACUUAUACUAGAUCUUUAACACCAGAAAGCGAACCCGAAUAUCAGAAUAAACCGGAUGAAGAGUACGAAGAUGAGGAAGAGGAAAUCGAAGAUGAAGAAGAAGAUGAGGAAGAAUCUGAAGAAGAUGAUGACGAUUUAUUACAAAGAUUGGAAUCCAAAUACGGAAAAUUGCAGCGUGAAGAAAACGAAGAUGAGCAGUUUUCGUCCUGGAAACGUGUGAACGUCCGCGAAGACAAUGAACCUGAAGAAUCUGAUUCUGAUAAACAAUCAGACUACGAAUACGAAAACAUAACAAGUAAAGACGACUACCAGAUCAAGGAAAAACUCGACGAAGCUCAUAAAAGCAUUCAAAAUAAUACGGCUUAUGCACUUAAGCUUUUUGAUGCCCUCCUCCAAAACUAUUCCUCUUCACCCAGAAGUCUCUACGGAAAAGCCCAAGCUUUGGACGUUUUAGCCGAACAAAAAAGAAGUAAUGAAUUGUUACAAAAGGCAAUUGAUGCUUAUUUGAAAAUUCUGGAACUUAAGGACGUCCCAAAUGUCUUAUUCGAAGCAGCAGCUGAGAGGUGUAUCAACCGGAUGAGAUUUAUCGGUAAUUACAACCGUGCUAUUGAGGUUCAUUACAAGUUAAUUGCUCGGUUUCCGCAAAAAACACACCAUCGGAAUCAAUUAGUGGUCAGUUUAUUGACAAUAAACCGUGUAAACACGGCUCGACAAAUUUUGCAAGAGACACUCUCUAAAAACCCAAAUGAUGGUUUUGCUCUUGUCCAUUACGGAUUUAUUCUUAAAACAGUUGACAACAAUUUGAACGAGUCUAUAAGUUAUUUGGAAAGGGGGAUUUCCACAAGGGCGCCUGGAGUGGUCGAUGGCCGUUUUUACUUUCAUUUGGGGGACGCAUUAGCUCGUGUUGGUCGCACAAAAGACGCUAUGAACGUGUACCAAGAUGGCGUCCGAAACAAUCUCUUCUUAUCUAAGUACCAACGAUCUCUUUAUAACGUUGCACGUCUCAAGGGCCAACCUUGGUGGAAAAAAGAAGAAACUCCCUACUUAAACCUCUUCCAAGCGUUGGAAACCAACUGGAAACAAAUCCGAGCUGAGGGUAUUUCCGUUUUGAACAAAGAUGGCCACUUCCAAGCCGAAUCGGAAAAUUUGAAAGACACGGGCGAUUGGAAACAGUUCGAACUUUUUGCAAGGGGGCACAAAAACAUCAACAAUUGCAAAAAGUGCCCCCUUACUUGCAAAAUCAUCGAAAGUGUCCCUGAUGCUAAAGGGUGUAAAAGGGGGCAAACUAAAUUCAGUGUGAUGCAUCCAGGGACUCACGUGUGGCCUCACUGUGGACCAACAAAUUGUAGGUUGAGAGUACAUUUAGGACUUCAGGUCCCGGCUAAUACUUUUAUCCGGGUUGCUGAGAAAACCAGGAGUUGGAAAGAGGGGGAAGUACUCGUUUUUGACGACAGUUUCGAGCAUGAAGUUUGGCACAAUGGAACUUCACUCCGACUUGUCCUUAUUGUGGAUGUGUGGCACCCGGAGUUGACUCCAGUCGAAAAACGGACUCUCUCACCGAUUUGAUGUAGGUUUUGUAAAAAAAUAAAUGUUUCAGAAAAA